AUGGCUCCCAAACGCAGACUGCGUGCUCAGCCUGGCCAUGAAUCUCCAUCACCAGCUGUGCAACACAGCGAAGGCCAGAGUUUGGCCAGUGAUGUAGCUGAGGAUGGUGUUGACCAGAGCAUCUUUUUUCCUAAGAGGCCCAGGAACCUGCGAUCAGAUCCCUUCCACGCGCACCUGAAUUUGGAGGAUGUGCCUGAAGGUCCACGGACCGCUGCAGAGAGUGUGUGUUGGGCUCCAAGGCUUUUGAAGGUGUUCAAAGAGCAAAGCAUUCGACACUUUGAGACUGACUUUUCAUUUGCAGCACAGGCGAUGUCUCAAAAAGGGAUAGCUUUGCGCACUGACUACAGUGGCCUUGGCUCACCCGAGGAAGCAAUGAGCAAAGUCUUAACAGCUUUGCAAGAUCGCUCCUUCACCCAGUUUGAUCCUUCCAAAUUCUUCGCCCAAAGAGCUGGUGACCUGGAGAGUUCAUGCCGCAAAGUUCUGAUGAACCAUCAGGACACCUUUGCUCCAAAGUGUGUUCAUGGGGAUAUACUUGACCGCUGUCCUCCAGCGGUAUUGCAGGCUUUGAAGACCCAGCAGAAAGUUCACCGUGACCGUGCGCAAGAAAGGAUUGACCAUGGAGAGCAGUGCAAGCGAGCUUGUGUGGAGGAAGGGAAAGCAUUUGUUCGCUUUGCGGUCAAAUGCCUCAAAGAGGCAUUCCAAAUUCCGAACACAAAAGAGAAGUUGCUGAAGGCACACUGCUACGUUCACAACAGGCAGUGUGAUGUUUUGCCACCUUUGCCACAGGAUUCUGAAUGCCUCCUACUUGGCAUUUCAGGAGUAACGUGCCGUGACUGGUCCAGCAUGGGGAAUCAAGAAGGAUGGCUGGGGCCAUCAGCGUUUCCGUUUGUCCAAUUUAUUGUGGAACGUUUGUUGGCCCAGGACUCAACCUCUCAGGAAGCUGCCCUCCUCAUUGAAUGCACAGCAACUUUUGAUGACCAACUCUUGGCAGAGCUGCUUUGUGAAUCUUUUGAGCUUCACACGUUCCAUGUGACGCCAGCUCUCUUUGGAGAGCCCGUGGACCGGCAGCGCAAAUAUAUGUUGCUUUUGAACCGCUCCCAGCUGACCUUCCGAGAUUGUGUUCGAGCUUCAGGAAUCGAACCUUCUUUCCAGCGUUUGUUCGCCUGCAGUCGAGUGAUGAACGGAAUUGACAAAUUCAGGGCUCCCGAGAAUGAGGUGAAAGAUGUGAUUGCAGCUGCAGCCUCAAAGAGAUGCCUGCCCCCUCACUCGAGCAGUGGCAAAGCUUGGAGCUGCUUCCAGACUUGCACUCCUGCAGUCAGGGAGUCUAUCUUGAAGCACGAGGCUUUUUUGCGUCGAGCCCAUGGCCCAGAGAUCAACCCCAACGAAUGGAUCUGCAACCUUUCGCAAGAUCCUGCAUGGAUGGCUGGCACGCGUGGCAACGUCCCAGCUUUGCUUCGACGUUCCAACCUUUGGAUCAUGGGCAAGCGCAGACUUGCUCACCCUCUGGAGCUUUUUGAGAUUCAAGGCUUCAACAUUUGGGGUUCCCCGGCCGAUGCCAACGAUGAGCAUCGAUGCACGUUUGUGGACACUCUAAGAACCUUAACGGAAGCACAAGUGAAGAGCAUGACAGGCAAUUCGAUGCACCUUUCCGUGCUAGGAGCUAUGUUUUUGUUCCUCUUGGGCUGCACUGUGCCCACAAGCCCAAGCCACUCUGACCCGUUGCUGAAUGAGCGCAGUGUGGAAGGUCAGACUUUGGACCAGGCGUAG